AUGAACGCCGACGCCAAAGGCCACCUGCUACGUGAGCAGAACUGGGUUAGGUGCUGCAAGAGGAGUGGACAAGACACCCUCAAAUUGCCAUUACACGCAUCUGUUAUCAAAUUUAACUUUGACCUGUCUAACAAUUCAAAGAGUCCCCGUUUUACGUUGUUAUAUUUGAUAUAUUUUCAGUUAACAACGUCAUUCAAUGGAACAGCAGGAUUCCAGGAAAUCGUUAUCACCAGCAAAACUCAGGGAAGUGUCAAUGUGGAGACAGAAUGCAGGUCAAAUGCGGUAGAGGCAAACAAAGAAGACGAUGAGGCGUUCAAAUCAGCUUUCUUGGACGCAUGUCAAGCUGUAAACAAUAUAUCCACUGUCUUCGCUGUACAAGAUGACACUGGGUCCUGGGAGGAGGCUGCAGCGGAAGCUUCGGAAACGACCUUGAGUUUAUGUAACGCAGAAAAUGUAUUUUGUCCGUGGGGGUACAAAUGCGUUGGGAGCACUUGUGAACACCAUUGUUCGAAUGAAACAUGUGGAGGAAAUGGCAUCUGCACAGUUCAUGGUAUCUCAGGGGACAUCGUGUGCAAGUGCGAGUCUGACGACUUCUACAACUACUCUGGUGAUAAAUGUUCAGAGGCCGAGUUGCGAUGGGAGAUGGUGCUGGCAAUAUCUGGCGGUGUAGGAGGCGCUAUCGUGGUUCUGUUGGUGACGUUUCUCGGUAUUAUGUAUUGCAGGCACAGGAGGUCGAAAGAGAUUUCCAGUGGGAAUUCUGGGUACACGGAGUCCGAGCGACAAACGAGGGUGUACCAGCGCUGGGACACAAUGAGGUCAUCUAGAGGAUUUGGAAGAAAUAUGUUCAUGCCCUCGUUUUUCGCAAGUACCGCGAGCCCUGGUGCGACGCCGAGUUAUAAGUUGCAUCGCUCAGAAGGUCGUACAGGCUCGGUGUGGGGAGCCAAUGAGAUUGAUGAACAGUUCCCAGACUUUGUGCCACGGCUAGAUCACAUAGACACAGAAGUUGAUUAUACAAUCAAUCGGCCGCAACUGAGAUUGUAGAGAGAUCAUCCAAGUCUACAAGGCGUCCAAAAGAAUCAUUAUAUUUAUCAACCUAAACUGGCCUCCAUAGAAGAUAUCGCUGCAAUGAAAAUGCAUCUGAAUGCUGUGCAAACAAUUGUGAUGUCAUCGGUUACCAAGACGUCACAAUCAAAUGACGUCACUAAUCUCUCAGCAACUGAAAUUGGUUAGCAUAACCUUUUACACUCAAGACAAAAUGGAAAAGUUGGAAGAAUGAUUUAAAACGAAUCUCACCCUUGUGUCUUUUGAAAUAAAAUAUAUCAAUACUCGUCAAUAAAAGUUUUAAAGCGUGCAAGAGACACCUGGGUGAGAUUCUCUAUCAUACAAAACUGGCUUGCACCGGAGACAUCAUUGGGGUGAGAUCAAGCGAUAUCUCAUGGGAGAUGUCGCUACAAUAAUUGCAUCACAACAAUUUGCAAAUUGUUACCAUGACGCCCGUGAUGCCAUGGGUUACCAUGACGUCACGGUCAAAUGACAUCACUUAUCGCUUUGCCACUGUAUCUAGUUAGCAAGCCUCGGAGUUCAUACGUUUAUCGACUCGUGUUAACAUAUUAGAUGUCAAAAGACAUGUGUAUGGAAAUAAGGAAAAUUGAUCCUCCGUCCUCUCAUUUCUUGAUUUAUUUGGAUUGUUAAAAAAGGAAAUUGGAAUAAGUCAUCUUCAUCGCAGUGUUUUAUACAUAUUUACUUUCAAACGCUUGUAUCCAUAUCUUACACUAUUUAUUCAUGUUAUCAUUGUUCAAAUCUAUUUAAAAUCAGAUCUUAUUUUUCGCCUACGGCAGCGGGAACCAAGAUCUGAUUGAAUGAGAUUGCCAUGUUCCUGGACCAAGAUGCAGCCAUCUUGGAUGGUUCAUUUGAAACACGCAUGCGCACAAUGAACCAGAUAUAUCUCCUCAGACAUAAAGCCCCAGGGUUCCACCGGAAAUGGGCCUACUCAUACACAUGUAUAACAAACAAACAGGACGGUGUGAUAAGAAAAGAAGAAAACAUACAAUUGAGUUCUAACAUGACAACAUCAACAACAUCCUCGAGUCGAGUAGGAGGUACGGGUGGCCCAGUCGUCUGAGGCGCCGCUGUGUAGAGUUGCGUCCCUUGAGUACGCUAGAGAUGUAUUCACAUCAUACAUAAUUUAUACCAGUCCACGUGGUCAGGGACUACUGGUCUUCCAAAGUAAACAUUAAACAAUGUUUUAAACGUGCAGAUCAGUUAAUAACCUGCCAAGGUAGUGAUAUUGUUUCCUUGCAUAUUUAUACAUGAUCAGUGACUGUUACGAAUCAGUAACAUUAACAGAGAAUCUUAAUGUCUGCACAAUGAGACAUAUAUGACAUAUUGUACAGGUUCAGAAAUUCAAAUACAGUAUCGGUAUUAUCUAAUGACUGUGUCAGUUGUGUUUAACGCCACCAAGAGUAAUAUUCAGAAUAAGCUACUCGAAACUCGGAAUUACGAAAUAUCUGUCCCUCAAGGGCUCGGGAUUAACCCCAUUUAUUCACCAGGGACAGAUAAUACGUAAUUCGCUGGUUAUUCUCUGAUAAUAUCAUAGGUGGAUUUCAUUAUUUAUCGUGACACGAACUGAACGAACUUUGUAUCCGAAUCGUGAUUAUAAUAUAGCGAAUGCAUGUAGAGGCUACAUAGCAGGAUGCACAAUACUUUUAACUGUGAUUUGAUGUUGAUAUUAACAUUGUAUUAUCUCAGGGAAAAAUAAACAAAACACAUCAA